AUGCCAGACACAGACACAGACACAGACCCAGACCACCGCCCCCCAGCCAUAAACUACAUCCUCAGCUUCCUCCUCGUCGGCCUCGCCUGGGGCCUCACCACGCCCUUCAUCCGCCGCGCCGCCCGCGCCCACAAGCCAGACCCGUCCCACGCCGCCAUCCUCGACCGCCCGGCCGUCCAGGCGAGCUGGCUCCGGCGCACCCUCUAUGGCGCCUUCUUUGGUGUCGUCGACUUGCUGCGCAACCCGCGCUAUGCCGUGCCGCUGGUGCUCAACCUCACCGGCAGCAUCUGGUUCUUUCUCCUCAUUGGCAAGGCCGGAGAGUGGUUAGUUGAGGGCAAAGUCAUCAGCAGAGAAACUGGUAUUGGAAUGGUUUUGUCAUUGGCCGGAAUAGCCCUGUGUGUUCAAAGCAAGAACUAA